UCCCUCCCUCCCCCUUAUUCCCUCUCCCUUUCUCCCUCCCCCUCUCUCCCUCCUCUUCUCCCCUAAGAUCAUAAGAUAUGGAGUAGGCCAUUCAGCCCCUCGAGCCUGCUGCACCAUUCAAGGAAGGAUUGAGGAGCUUGGGCCUGUACCCUCUAGAGUUUCAAAGAACGGGCGGUGAUCUCAUUGAAACCUGCACCGUUCUUACAGCGUGUGACAGGGUGGAUGGGUGUGGGAUGUUUCCCCUGUCUGGUCAUGUGUCACCACAGCAUCAUAAUACAAUGCAGCUCACCAACUUCAUUUAGUGUGCUUUCUGCGUUUACAUAUAUACCCAACAGACAUCCAGCAUCCCACUUUGUUGCACUUGGAUAUUGUAAAUCUCCGUUCAUUCAGACCCCAGAACAAAUUAUAAUGCACUAACCACUAUGAGUGGCGGGAAAAUAUUUGUAGAGACACUAAAGAGAGUUGCUUAUCCUAAGUCCAAUCAACUGAAUGGGGAGAAUUUUGAUUGGUGGUUUGACAUUGGAGAAGAAAAGGAAUUUGUUGAAUGGUUUUGUAAUAGUAUUAAUGAACAGAAUGUAUUGACUGCAGAAGAGCUGACUGAUUUUCAAAAUAUUCCACCUAAAUAUCGUCUGGAUCAGAAGGAUUUGGAUAAGGUCUUGGCAACAUGUCCUAGGGAUGCAGAAUCAAAAUAUGACAACCUGCCAGAGAUGACAAUUGAGAAAUUGGAAGAGGAGGUUAAGACAUUACAGCUGGUUCGAAAUCUUAAAAUCCAGCGACGGAACAAGCAGCAAUUGAUGGUUUCAGGAAUACGUCAUAUGCCGAUGAGACUAAGGGAUGAGGAAGAAGAAUGUACCAAAUUGUUGAGAGAGACACAAGAACAGUUGGCUGCUGAAAAUGCUAAAUUAAAUGUUACUCUGUCACAGGUAAUUGAAGAAGUUCAGCAGCUGUCUGCUAUAUAUUCAAGUACUGGGUCAGAAAGGAGACCAGUGCAACAGACCAUUUUUCUGUCACAGCUUUUAUUGGACAGCUAUCUGCAGCAAGAAGAACAAUGCACAGCAGCUCUCACGGAAUAUACAAAGAAACAACUUUUUAAAGGCAUAACAGAGUUGGUUGAGAGCUCCGACAUAAAAAAAUUUCAGCUAGUGGACAUAACCUCUCAAUCCAUACAGGGGGAAUGUAACGAGGUACGCAAUGAGUAUCGGCAACAAAUGGCUAGAAUCCAAGCAGCGUACAACAGCGGCCAGCAGCAGUUAAUUUUGGCAAAAGCGAAAGAGCAGAGCACCAAGGCUAGACUUCAGUAUAUGGAGCAGAUAAACUCCUCGAUGCGAAACAGAAAGUUGAUGGACUUAAAUGGUGCAAAAGCCAAGAAGAAUAGUUUAACCAAAGAACUGAUUCCGGUAAAUGUCCAAGUAGAAUAUUUAAUUAACAAGGAGCUUCCUGACCUGAUUGUGGAGAAUGCACAACUCUUGAAUAUGCCUGUUGUGAAGGGAAAUUUUGAUCUGCAGAUGGCUCGUCAAGACUACUACACCUCCAAGCAGGACCAGGUUGCAAGCCAGCUGCUCAAACAGAAAACUCGAUUUGAACUACUUCAUUUAGCAUAUGAAAUGGAAUUGUGUAAGCACAGAGAUGUCCAUCGACAGCUUGAGAACCUUACUGCAGAACUUGAACAAAGCAGGGGAGCGUUCUUGCAACGUUCAGAAAUGCUGGUUGAUAAAUCUCUCCAACCAAGCAGUAAACAACGAAAUGUAGUUGAUUCAAGUGAUACCUCUACUAUCAGACUCUGUCAGAUUUUUGAUGUAGAUGACAAACAGCAACUGUUUAGAACUUACAGUGGUCUGGAAGAGCAAGCCAGAAAUCUACAGCAGGAUGUUAUUUCAUUAAAGGACCAAUUGGGAACAACCCGGCGUGAGCACUCUUACCUCUGGUCUGCACUGGAAUCUGAUAUUGAGAGACUUCGGAAUGUUAUGUAUUCUGAGUCCAAGAAACUUCUGCUUCACAGUGAGGAACUGUCUGAGCCUCUUCAAAGAUUGGAAUGCCAAUUGCAGAGACUGCCGCAAAUUAUUGGGAAUAUAGCUGAUGACAUAAAGUCAAAACGGCAAAUUUUGGCAAGCAACUUGAAUCUUCAAGGCGAGAGAGUUCUUUAUGUUUAUUUCUUUCAAGACCCUGACAAAUUGAAGAAGAUUGUGGAGAAUCUGGGGAAGAAGGUUAGGGUACAGAACAUUGGAUCAGAGAGCUGAUGUGUAAACUGCAAAUGGAAAACUUCGCUGGUGAAACAUGGUUAAAUGCUUCUGAAAAAUAACUUCACUAACACAGAUUGAUGUGGAUAAUUGUACAGUAACAUUUGAAAACUGGAGAGAGAAAAUCCUAGAUUUAUGAUGAGGGAGAAACGUGAAUUAAGCUUGAGCAUUUUAUGCUCUUAAUAAAAUAUUCAUCUAGCACUAUUUUAAAUUGUUUUCUAUGUAUAAAAUUUUCUAGGCUCUAUUUUCCUGUCACCAGAUAUCUUUACUUUGUUUUUAAUUUAGUUCAAUUAAAAUGCAGCUAUUGA